AAAGGGGGAGAGGGAGGAACAAGAACAGCCAGGCACGACCCACAAACAGGAGGUUGCAGAGGGAGAGAAUGUUGCAAAGGAACAGCCAAGACUAGUUAAUAAAGAAGUGGCAAAACCCAUAGAGGAGGGGGUGGGGAAAGCAAUAGAAGAGCCUAAAGCUGUCAUUGAAUAUGACUCCAAGAUGAAAUUCAGAGAAGGGGGGCGUAAAGUGACAAUGCCUCUCUGGUUAAUGGCAAGCGAGACCACAGAUGCUCAUAUCCAAGUGCCACCAAAUUCUUUUGGUCAUAUCAGUACCGUAAGCACUAGCAGUGAAGGAGAGGUGAAAAUCAAAGCCAAAGGCCAAGAGGUCACAAUGGAGAAUGGGGUUAUACCACACUCGAUAGUGACACAGGAAGAGGCAAAGACAACAGUUAAGAUGUCAAGGAUGGGGACACCAGCUCAACAGAUGAAGGAAGAUCCUCAAGACUUGCAGAUCUCUCUCUAUGUGAAGGCUGGCAGUGAUGGAGAAAGCAUUGGAAACUGUCCCUUCUCUCAAAGGCUUUUCAUGAUUCUAUGGCUGAAGGGUGUCAUCUUCAAUGUCACAACUGUGGACCUCAAACGGAAACCAGCAGAUUUGCAGGAUCUCGCUCCAGGUACAAACCCUCCAUUCAUGACCUUCAAUGGAGAAGUUCUGGUGGACGUCAACAAGAUUGAAGAGUUCCUUGAGGCGAGACUGGUGCCACCACGAUAUCCAAAAUUGGCGGCAAAGCACCCAGAAUCCAACACAGCAGGAAUAGAUCUAUUUGCCAAAUUUUCUGCCUAUAUCAAGAACCCUCGCAAAGAAGCGAAUGAAGGUCUGGAGAAUGCUCUUUUGAAGUCCCUGAAGAGAUUGGAUGAGUAUUUGCAGACGCCGCUGCCAGAGGAAAUAGACGGCAACAGCAAAGAUGAUCCUGGUCCUUCUACACGCGGUUUUCUGGAUGGACCGGAUCUCACGCUGGCCGACUGUAACCUGCUUCCCAAACUACACAUCAUGAAGGUUGUUGCCCGGAAAUACAGAGGUUUUGAAAUUCCCAUUGAAAUGACUGGGAUAUGGCGAUAUUUGAAUAACACUUACCAGAGAGAAGAAUUCAUGAACACAUGCCCAGCUGACCAUGAGAUCGAGUUUGCCUAUCUGGACGUCGCCAAAAAGAUCAAAUAGAUCCGGAUACAGAGACAAGUAGUGGUAGUUUAGUGUGUGUGUGUGUGUGUGUGUGUGUGUGUGUGUGUGUGUCUGUGUGUGCACACUCACUGGUGGAGCCGCACAAAUAUUGUGAUGUACUGAUCGUAAAUCGGUAGAUUGGCUACUGUUUUUCUUUAAUCAAUGGCAGGACCAGGAAAUUGUGUAAGACCAGACACAGUGAAGUUUUCUUUUUUUUUGUUUUGUUUUUUUUGUUACCUCUUCACACCAUAAUAUGUAUCAACUCUGUCUACAUGGAUGAUAAACUAGUUUUGGUAAAUUAACAUUCACGUAAUAAACAUAAUGUUCAUCAUGGCCUUGACCAUUCUUCAGAGUUUAUCUUAUAAUAAUUUUUAAAAAUUAAGCUAUAUAUGCUUAUUUCUGAUCUAUGUUUCAUUCACCUUUUUGAUUUUGCAUGUUUAUUUUGUUUUCAGACAUAUUAAUUCAGAUUUUUCUGG